AUGGUGCUGGGCUGCUCGGCUGCCUUCAUCGACCUCCUGCUGCCGGGCCCCGAGGAGCCGGUGGUCAACGUGGCUGUGGUGUUUGGGGGCACGGCCUACCCCCUGCACAUCCGCUCCCGCCUGAGUGCCCAGAGCUUCCUGGACAUGCCUCUGGAGAUCCAUCCCAUCACUGUCAUCGUCAACAACACCAACCCCAGCACCCUCCUCACCCAGAUCUGCAACAUCCUUGCCAGCCACAAGAUCCACGGCAUCAUCUUCGAGGACAACGUCGGCACAGAGGCCGUGGCCCAGAUCCUUGACUUCAUCUCCUCCCAGACCCAGGUCCCCAUCAUCAGCAUCAGCGGCGGGUCUGCUGUGGUCCUGACCCCGAAGGAGCCUGGCUCGGCUUUCCUGCAAUUGGGUGUCUCCAUCGAGCAGCAAAUCCAGGUGAUCUUCAAGGUGUUGGAGGAAUACGACUGGGGCUCCUUCGCUGUCAUCACCAGCCUCUACCCGGGCUACAACAUCUUCCUGGAUGUCAUCCGCUCCUUCACAGACGCCAGCUACUUCGGCUGGGAGUUGCAGGAGGUGCUCACCUUUGAGAUGAGCCAGGAGCGGAGCAGCUCCAGGACACAGCGGCUCUUGCGGCAGAUCGAUGCCCAGGUCCUCAUCGUCUACUGCUCACGAGAGGAGGCUGAGUACCUCUUCGCCAUGGCGGAGCAAGCUGGCCUUGUGGGGCCAGGCUACAUCUGGAUCGUGCCCAGCCUGACAGUGGGCAACAUGGAGGUGCCACCUGCCUCCUUCCCUGUCGGCCUCAUCAGCGUGGUGACAGAAAGCUGGAAGCUGAGCCUGCGGCAAAAGGUGCGGGAUGGGGUGGCCAUCAUUGCUAUGGGGGCGGCCAGCUUCUUCCGGGCCCACGGCUACCUCCCGGAGGUGGGACAGGACUGCUGGGUCCUCACCAGGGCCACCGCCACCAACACCAGCUUCUACAGGCACCUCCUCAAUGUGACAUGGGAGCACAGGGACUUCUCCUUCAAUGAAGGCGGCUACCUGAUCAGGCCCACUAUGGUGGUGAUCUCACUCAACCAGCACCGGCUCUGGGAGAUGGUGGGAAAGUGGGAGAAAGGCAUCAUCCACAUGAAGUACCCGGUAUGGCCCCGCUACGGCUCCUUCCUGCAGCCUGUGGCUGAUAACCGCCACCUGACAGUGGCCACACUGGAGGAGAGACCCUUUGUCAUCGUGGAGAACACGGAUCCCAGCACUGGGGUCUGUGUGCGCAAUACUGUGCCCUGCCGUAAGCAGACCAACUCCUCCCAGAGUGGAGAUGGCCUCGUGGAUCCCUACACCAAGCUGUGCUGCAAGGGCUUCUGCAUUGACAUCCUGAAGAAGCUGGCCAAGGCAGUUAAGUUCUCCUACGACCUCUACCUAGUGACCAACGGCAAACAUGGCAAGAUUGUCCGCGGGGUCUGGAACGGCAUGAUUGGUGAGGUGUACUACAAGCGUGCGGACAUGGCCAUUGGCUCCCUCACCAUCAACGAGGAGCGCUCCGAGAUCGUGGACUUCUCUGUGCCCUUCGUGGAGACGGGCAUCAGUGUUAUGGUGGCCAGGAGCAACGGCACUGUCUCCCCCUCUGCCUUUCUGGAGCCCUACAGCCCAGCUGUGUGGGUCAUGAUGUUCGUGAUGUGCCUCACUGUGGUGGCCGUCGUGGUGGCCGUCCCCGUCUUCGUGUUCGAGUAUUUCAGCCCCGUCGGCUACAACCAGAACCUCACCAGCGGCAAAAGGCCGGGAGGUCCCUCCUUCACUAUUGGCAAGUCAGUGUGGCUGCUGUGGGCUCUGGUCUUCAACAACUCAGUGCCCAUCGAGAACCCCAAGGGUACCACUAGCAAGAUCAUGGUGCUCAUCUGGGCCUUCUUCGCCGUCAUCUUCCUUGCCAGCUACACCGCCAACCUGGCUGCCUUCAUGAUCCAGGAGCAGUACAUCGACACCGUGUCGGGGCUAAGUGACAGGAAGUUUCAGAAGCCGCAGGAGCAGUACCCACCUUUCCGCUUUGGCACCGUCCCCAACGGAAGAACCGAGAGGAACAUCCGCAGCAACUACCCCGACAUGCACACCCACAUGGUGAAGUACAACCAGCGCUCCGUGGAGGAUGCCCUCACCAGCCUCAAAAUGGGGAAGCUGGAUGCCUUCAUCUAUGACGCGGCGGUGCUCAACUACAUGGCGGGCAAGGACGAGGGCUGCAAGCUGGUGACCAUUGGCAGUGGGAAGGUGUUUGCCACCACGGGCUACGGUAUUGCCCUGCAGAAGGACUCACGCUGGAAGCGGGCCAUCGACCUCGCCCUGCUCCAGUUCCUGGGAGAUGGCGAGACCCAGAAGCUGGAGACGGUUUGGCUGUCGGGGAUCUGCCAGAAUGAGAAGAAUGAAGUGAUGAGCAGCAAGCUGGACAUUGACAACAUGGCCGGGGUUUUCUACAUGCUGCUGGUGGCCAUGGGGCUGAGCCUGCUGGUCUUCGCCUGGGAGCACCUCAUCUACUGGAAGCUGCGUCACUCCAUCCCCAAGUCCCACAAGCUUGACUUCCUCCUGGGCAUCAGCAGGGGCAUCUACAGCUGCUUCAGUGGGGUGCAGACCCUGGCAAGCCCCAGGCAGGUGCCCACGCCUGACGUCACCGCCAGCUCGGCCCAGGCCAACGUGCUGAAGAUGCUCCAGGCGGCCAAAGAAAUGGUGUCGACGGCCAGCGUGGGCGGC